AUGCCCCCCAAUCUGACGACACGCCUGCUCGAAUCCCCGAAUACGCAGGGUCUCUACCACGCUGCGACGACUGCACACCCGUUCCUAGUGGCAGCUGCCAACGGAACCCUAUCUCAUCGCCUCCUUAGAUUCUACCUAGCGCAGGAUAAAGUAUACGCAGGAUAUGCCUAUCCGAAAUUCAUCGGAGGGCUUUUCAGGCGCAUAGAUGCUUAUCGCAAUGCAUCUCAACCCAGCCAGCCGCAGACUCUCCUGCCGGUCCUCGCAGCAUCGAUAACGGGGGUGGUCAGAGAAGUUAAAUUCUUCGAUAGCUUGGCUGCCCAAUACGGCUUGGAUUUUGGGGAUUCAACCACCGAAUCACCUCCUCACACCAAGCGACCGGCAACCUUGAACUAUGUGGCGGAGAUGGCGUAUGUUGCAGAGUGGUCGGAAACCUGGGAGGAGGGGAUUAUAUUCCUCUGGGCCAUGGAGAAGGUUUAUCUGGACGCAUGGUCUCGUGUCUAUGCGUCUCUCUCCAGCGUGGAGGAUAACCAUAGCCAAAAUGUUAGGGCACUGAAGACGCUGUCUGCCAACUGGUCAUCCGAUGAUUUUACAGCCUUUGUCAACGACAUCGGGAAGUUGGUAGAUGAAAUCAGCACACCGGAGCUAGAUGCGAAGGCGGAAGGCAUCUGGAGGCGGGUCUUAGAACUUGAAACUGCGUUCUGGCCGUUGGAAACUGAGCUAGAGACGGAGGCUUAA